AGGGACAUCCUAGGGCAUCACCCACCCCAUUAAGAAAAAAAAAAUUGCAACAAAUUAAAGUGGAAAUGUGGGGUUCCUUUGCCUUUCCUUGAAGCUACCCAGCAAUGAGUGGAUGCAUUUUUCUCUAAAGAAUUAAUUGGAAACUGGAAACUAAUGUUAAAUGAAAGAACUUUUUUCUUGUACUUACCUUAAUGCAUCAAUAGCUUUCGACCUUGCUUGUAAAAUUUCAUCUCCAUUCUCCAAUGGUUAACGUCAGGAACAAUUUCCUCCGAGAGAUUAUUAACUUGAUCCCAUAUGACUGCAAGAUUUGAUGCAUCCCCCAUCUCCUCCACUGAAGGAAUUGAUAGCCAAGUGGAGUGGGGUCAUAAGACCCUAAAUGGUUUCCAUGUCAUAGCUGAUGUUGUUCAUUGGACUUGUCUUCGUGCCAGUCCACAUCGGUGUGCUUUGUCUACCUCGUUUUUGCAGCCUGUGGCACAAAUAUUCCAGUCAUUCUUGUAUAAAUACAACAAACCUGUUGUUCACCCCUCAUUACCACCUUGUCUUCUUUCCAUUACUCGUGUCCUGCUUUCUUCAUCUUCUAUGGCUCUCUCUCUUCAAUCUCUAGUAAUCAUUUUUGCAGCUUUGCUUCUGGCACCAGCAGAGGCUGCAACAUGCAGUGACUGUUUUAUCCAAUCUCGAGCAGCUUAUUACCCAAACUCUGAUAUACAAGGAUCAGAUGUUGGUGCUUGUGGGUUUGGUUCAUUUGGUGCAACCAUAAAUGAUGCGGAUGUUUCAGCAGCUAGUGGGCUUUAUCGUAGCGGCAUUGGCUGUGGGGCUUGCUACCAGGUAAGGUGCACCAACAGUAACUACUGCUCAGACAAAGGAGUGACAGUAGUUAUAACGGACCAAGGUUCAAGUGACAACACUGAUUUUAUCAUGAGCAGAAAAGCAUUUGGUCAAAUGGCUCAGACCCCAGAUGCAGCUGCAUAUCUAUUAAGCCAGGGUGUUGUUGGCAUAGAAUACAGACGCGUUUCAUGCAGCUACCCCAACACAAAUAUAACAAUCAAAAUAGAUGAGAAUAGCAACUAUCCUUACUAUUUGGCUUUUGUUAUAUGGUACCAACAAGGGAAAAAGGAUAUCACAGCUGUGCAGCUAUGUGAGACUCAAAACUUCAGUUGCAAACUGUUAGAUAGGAGUUAUGGAGCAGUAUGGACGACUACUUCCCCCCAAAGUGGACCAUUGUCUUUACGGAUGUUAUUCAGUGGUGAAGAUGGAGAUGAGUCAUGGGUUGUUCCUGUUAAUAACAUACCUCAAGUCUGGAAAGCUGGAGAAACAUAUGACACAGGAGUUCAAGUGAAUGUAUAGGCAUCUCAGCCAGACCUGUCAAUCUUUGCUAUAGAAAUACACUGAAAGAAUAAGCUUCAAAUUAGUUCUUCCAUAAUAUUCUAUUUAUUAGGAAGAGGUAACAUUACAAACUUUUGAAAAUAGAAGUUUUUGAUUGUAAGCUUUGUAAUUUUUACUUUUGCAACUUUCAAUCCCUAAUAAAGAUAUGAACUUUCU